CGUAAUAAUCGUAAAGGUUGAAGCGAUAUUUGAUAGAAACCUGGGCCGACAUGGCUCUUUCUAUUUGCAAAUGGAAUUAAUUUGAUUAGUGAUAAACUAAUUAAAGUGAAUUCAGCAAAAUUACAUGUUCACUCCUCACAUUGUAAUUCUCAUACGCGGAUACCAUUAAGAUGACUGAACUGGUCAGUUAAGAGUUUAAAUGGAAUUUAAGAAUACGGGGUAGCUUUGCCAUGGGCAUGAUCAUCACCAGCGCAUUCGUCGAGUGCCUUCUAUGAAGGAACGUAUUGAGCGAAGAAGAAUACGUGAUGCUGCAUUCGUUGGUAAUCCCUGAACAUGGAUUGGAAGUAUAUUUCAUGCAACAGGCUCUAUGUGAAUAAUUUUGAUUUAGAGGAAACAGUAUGACUGAACAAUUCAGAACAAUGUGAUCCGCGAGCUUCGAAAGAAGUUAACCACGAGGAUGAAUAUUUUGAAAACUGAAUACAAAACCCAUCUGCAAUCAUUUCGCGUUUAAUUUUAUUCCGUGAUUCUUUCUGUAGUGCUAGUUGUAGUUUUUCAAUAGUUCGUAGUUGUUUCUUACACCAAAACCAAUAUGAGCACAGUGCUUCUUAUGUCCGAUACUUGGCAGCCGACAGUUCUUAGAAUCGUGCCAUUUUCCAGCAAUAACGCAAGAUCUCACGAUCCUCGGAGAAUGACCGGGAAAAAUCCGUCUGCCAGUCGUGGAUUUCCGGUCCUUGCAGUAACUAGGCCGCCGAAUAGUAACUUGGGUUCGGCAAAUUCCGAUAUGAGGUCGGACGUUAAAUCAGUGAACUCGCUAAGGUCCGAUGUGUUUCCGGAAUCGGACACAGUGUCAGUGUAUUCGGAUGCACAUCAAUCCGGAUGUUCCUCUAACACAUCUCGGACAAACAAUUUGGAGUCUCCGUUUAAACGAACUAAGAAAUUUAAAAAGAAAGUUCCCGAAAUUCACUCAGAAAUGAAAGAAGCCUUGAAAUUCAGUGUUCAGGACAUAAACGACCAACUGUCUUCUUCUUCAUCCUUUGUGUCGUCUGAAAACAAAGAUGAACAGGAGAAGGUUGCGCGCGUGGAUAACACGCGGACUAAGCUUCCAAAACCGAGUUUCCCAUCUUCAGAUGCACGGACAUUUUGUUCACCUGUUAACGGCGUUAGACGUUCUGUACCAUUGACUCCUGGUGAAAUGGAACUCCAGAGAAUAAGAGACAGUAACUAUGUGGAGCAAGUGCAGAAGAAGAAGAAAUUUAAGCUGAACGUUAAUCAGCUCCCGAGAAGCACAACUCCCAUUAACGACCAUGAUCCCGACAAACUCAACAUGAAACAAGUGAUAGCAUUUUUACAAACAAAAACCUCAAAGGACAUCCAGAAGCGGAUAUUGAAUGACAAGAAAGGCUUACCUUAUGGGGAGUCAAGAUCAAGUUCAACGCUUUCGAGAAAAGAUUCUGGGGUGUCUGUGAAAGAACUUUCUUCACAAGUUCCAAAUGUUGUGUAUGCAAAGGAUAAUGUUAAAGGUUUACCGCGGUGUAACUCUGAGCUAAAGGCUAUAGACCAACAAGAGAAAAACGUAGAUGACAAUCGGCGAGCCUCAGGGUGUGCGUCGAGUAUGUCGAUCAAGAGUGCACCAAACAUGCUUCAUGAUGGCAAAACCACUGACAAAGCCAUGAAGGCAAAGAGUGUAGUGAGUGUGCGGUCUUUCAGGGACAGAACCCGAGCUAAGCGUAACGAGAGGCAAAGGCCAAUGAAGGAAUUUAAAUUAUACCGUUUCUUGGCCAUAGCACCUGAUGAAAACCAUCCUGGUUUGACUACAACGGUGACGGAAUCAGUACCGAGUUAUGAAAAAAGUAUCAGGUUUAAUGAAGUUCGAUCCAAAACUGUUGAGUCACCACGUAAAUCAGUUCCUUUUCGGAAACCACGAGAAACCGGGACUGCGCAUGUGCUACACCGUCACGUGCUAAACAGGGCGACCUUGACCCCACCAAAGGUUGAGGUUAAGGAAAUUACACCUGAACCGUCACCGAGGGCCAUACGUUUACCGAUUAUGACCGAAUCCGGGCGGAAUACACCAGAACAGGAAGACGCACCAGAAAAUGAGGACGAAACCUGGUCGACAACCUCCGCAACGUACAAUUCCACCAAAAACGAGGAAAGACUUGCGAUGCCUAAGAAAGGUAAAGCCAUAGCUUUUGAUGAUAAGGUAGAAGUGAAUAAUGUCUCAAAUGACGAACCUGAAAUUACAAGUGCUGUGAUAAACGGAUAUGAGUCUCAAAAUGAAUUUCCAGUGCGGACAUACAAGCACCCGACUUUUCCGCGAGUAAACAUAUCGGGUCCGAAGCAUAUACAUAUCAGCGUUCCACAAGAGAGCAAAAAGAGCUACUCCCAAGAGAUUGUGCGUCUAACAUUAAGACAAGACAAGAACGCAACUCGUGUUACUAGUUAUAUGAGUGACAUACAACAGGCUGAUCUGGACACAUAUUCUGAAGUUGACAAUGGAAAUGAAAGUGACCAACAUUGGGUGAAACAUGGUGAAACAAGCGAACAGGAACAGCGCUGGGUUAGGCACGGUGAGCCAAACCCGCAGGAACGCGCAGAAUGGGUGGAACAUACGCGACAGAAUUUACAUGCAGUUACAAAUAACAAUUUCAUCAAAGUUAGGCGGAAACUUAAGACUAAUAUGUACAACAAUGAAUAGUUAAUAUAAUGUUUAUUAUACAAUUGUUUUCAUAUGUUUAACUAUAUCAUGAAAGCAGUAUUAAAGUUAUAAACUAAAUCAGUGAGGCCAAAAGUCGAAUAUAUAUUUAUAUAUAAAUACAUGUAUGUCAAUGCUUUAGUAUAAUUAAAGGCAAUUUAUUCUCAAAGGUUUGUUCAAGUAGCAAUACAAGAAAUGCACCCUUACUGUCCAUGAUCUUGCAUAAGAUACAUGGUAUAAAGAACACGAUGAAUACCUUGAAUGCCUUAGGUAAACUUCGAAUAGAAUCUCUAUUAUAGCUUUUCCCUUCUCAAUAUAGUAAUUAAAUAUUUUGUAUGAGGAAACAUUCAACUUGAUUUACAAUAAGUUUUAAAAAAUGCAAAUGCAGUUUUUGCACCUAAAUUAAGUCAUGCUAAGUAGGAUCAAUGCACGAUUUUGUUGAGAAGGAUUAGAUAAAAGACCUUGUGGGAAAAUACAGAAAUGAUUUAACAAGGCAGCAAUUUUUCUAUUAUUCCCAAUGAAUCAACUUUCACACGCCAGUCUUAUUCUCUAUGGCUCACAUUAAUUAUUUGAUCAUAUGAUUGAUAUGUUUUUAAAAGCAGACAUUUUACUUAAGUCCCUGUGUAAAUAAGAUUAUUGUUUUUUAAAUAUUGAAUAACAUCAAACGAUUAAACAGCUUUAAGGAUAACAUUAAACAACAAUACAUAGGGUAUUAACUUAUAUUUUUCAUAUCCUAUUUUCAGACGCUCGGACAAAGGAAAAUCCACCUAUGUUUAUAGACUUAAUAAACGACCUGUUCAUUAUUUAUUGUGCAAACUGUUUAGUUAACAGGAUAGUAAGAGGUCACAGAAAAGCUUCUACAGAAAAUUGGACAUAUUAUACAUACACUGGGCCCGGGUUCAAAAAAGAUGGUCAGGCUUAAAGAUCAUAACUUUCUAUGUGUAACUCCAUUUUUGGCAUAGCUUUGUUUCAAUAAAAGUAUUGUAAGGACAAUAAUUUAUAUUGCAUAGAUUCCGCCCUUUACUUCACAGGGAGUGUAGCUGAGCACUCUUAAGCAGCGUGAGUCUUACGACUAUUGUCUUAUUGAAAUGGGGCCCUGAGAAAUAAUAGUUAAAGCUGGGCUAAAUAAAGCAAAGGUAAUUUAAAAACGUUUAGGUUUGAUUUUAUUCCUCAGGGAAUCUGAUAUAUAACAAACAGUUUGUCUUAUUCAAAAGUGAUUAUAUAUUUUUAUUACAAGUAAUACUUGUAUUUAAACCAGUUUUUCAUACAUUUCCAGAAAUUAUUACACACAAACACAUGAAAGAAAAUCUAUAAUGAGAAUUUUAUGUACAAAAAAAUGUAUUUUUGAGAGAAAAAAAUAUAAUCACUUUUGAAUGGAAUGCAAUUUCAUAUCUAUUAUCCAUUAGGAAGGUCUGGUAUUAUCCAGCCAUUAGGAUAUGAAUACAGUAAUCAAUUGUAGGUUAUGUGAAAUGCAGCACAAACAUUGUUUUUGUUUGUGAAAACAUGCUCAGUUGGAUACAGUGUCUCUUUGAUCUAUUAUGUUGGUGAAGCAAUUUUCGUAAAACAAAUAUUUAAACUUUAGUGCUGUCUUUACAUGCCAUAUUAAAUCUCCAUUUUGAUUUUAUGUUAUUAAUUCCUAUAUAUGUACAAAUAUGAAUAUUCUGUGAUAAAUAGAAUGUAAAAUAAGAAGUUGU